CGCCCGGGGCGGGCAGUCCACGAGCCUGCGGUCCGGUGCGAGCUCCUGGCGCGCAACCGCCCGAGGCCCGAGCUGCGGCUGCAGCUGAGAGGAACCGGCAGGCUCACGCUUUCCCUCCCGGGUCCGCAGCUGCUUCGCUCGCACGCGCGGCCGGACCCGUGGACGAACGUCCGGUGUCGGCUGUGCCUCGCCCUCGGCUCCCUGUCGGCAGCCCGCGCCCCCCUGCGUGAGGAGGCGGCGGCGGCGGCGGCGGCUUCGUCGACGCUCCUCCCGCGGUGAAGCCCGCAGAUACCCUUACGGUCAGAGAUGAUACAAGAAUAAUGGUGACACACUCUUCGUUUGUGCGAAGCAUUCGACACUGGCUGAAGCAGGAGGAUUCCAAGUUGGAGGAGUCCCGUGAAACCAAAAUGAGGCACAAUCAGAUGUGUUGUGAGACACCACCUACUGUCACUGUUCAUGUAAAAUCAGGGUCAAAUAGAUCACAUCAGCCUAAAAUUAAUCUCAAGCGUACUAUUUUUAAAGAUGGUUGGCAAGCAUCUGACAAAAGUCCACAUAAUAACAAAUCUAAACGCCCAAAAGGGCCUUGUCUAGUUAUACAGCGUCAGGAAAUGACUGCUUUCUUCAAAUUAUUCGAUGACGAUUUAAUUCAAGAUUUCUUGUGGAUGGACUGCUGCUGUAAAAUUGCAGACAAGUAUCUUUUGGCUAUGACCUUUGUUUAUUUCAAGAGAGCUAAGUUUACUAUAAAUGAGCAUACCAGGAUAAAUUUCUUUGUUGCUUUGUAUCUGGCUAAUACAGUUGAAGAAGAUGAAGAAGAAUCUAAAUAUGAAAUUUUUCCGUGGGCUUUAGGGAAAAACUGGAGAAAAUUAUUCCCUGAUUUCUUAAAGUUAAGGGACCAGCUCUGGGAUAGAAUUGACUAUAGGGCUAUUGUAAGCAGGCGAUGCUGUGAGGAGGUCAUGGCCAUUGCACCAACACAUUACAUCUGGCAACGAGAACGCUCUGUACAUCACAGUGGAGCUGUCAGAAACUACAACAGAGAGCAAGUUCAGCUGCCCCGAGGACCUAGUGCCACGCCAGUAGAUUGCUCACUCUGUGGUAAAAAAGGAAGAUACAUUAGACUGGGAUUGUCUUCGUCCUCUUCAUGCAGUGAUAUAGGAGAGCUGAUGGAAAAACACUCUGGGGAGUCACACAGUCCAUUAUCAAUGGACAUAAUAGAAAGCCCUCUUCCAGAUUUCACCCUCCUGAAGAUAGGACUGCGAUUUCUUGUGCUCCUUUCUAACUCUGUCAUCACCAGGAGUGGUGGCUGCAACCCCAGCUACUCAGGAAGCAAGGAGAACCACAUAUUCAAGGCUAUCCUGAGCAAGAAAAAAUUUCUGAGCAAGUAGCCAAUGACCAUCAAGCAAGCAAAGAAAAGGAAAGUAAUUUCAUGAAGAAAGACAAAUCUAUGGAGUGGUUUACAGGAAGUGAAGAAUAAGAUGGUUCAAUUAAAGCAACUUGGAAUCAUUAGCUAUGAAAUGUAAAAUACAAGACAAGUGUCAAAA